AUGGUGAUAGAGAAUAUUGGGUCCCUGCAACCUUUCUCGCUUAAAAUCCGAGAGGAGAUGAUCAUUCUCAGGCGAUGCGUCUACGACAUCUCUUUAGCUUCUUCACUUAAGGAGAGAGAGAUAGUCCCUACCCCUAAGAAAGAGAAUGGAUCACAAAAUCACAAUAUCGAGAACAGUCCUGCAGCUUCUUUAGCCACAACACUCGGAAGCCCUCCAAAUUCUCAAAAAGAGGGAUCCGAUUACAUGAAUGGAAUGAACGAGAUGGGUUAUAGUACCUGA